GAUACUCGGAUGCGCGGUCAAUAUACAAACAGAAAUUGAAAGAAAUGUUGCAUGAUUUGGUGGAGAAUAUGGACUAUGAUGCGGCAGUCGAUGAGUUUGCAGCUGUCAAACUGCACGACGAUUUGCCGUUGUACCUGACUGAUGGUGUAAAAAAAUGUACAGUAUUUGGAAAUAGGAACACGAUAGAUCCUGAUGGUAAAGUUAGUAAAGUUGUUCAGUUACAGCUUGAUUCAAAAGUUUCCUUACUUCAACUGAAUAUUUGUAGGUUAGUGAAAGAGGACGAGCGUUAUCUGCUGUACCAUUCCAUGAGCAACUCCCUGGAAUACCAUGAAAGAGACAGGGAAUUCUUGGAGGUUCCGGAGGAUAAUAUUGAGGCUGUGAGACGUCUUUUCCACUCCUACCCGAAUUAUUUGAAAGUUGCCGAUCUGCCCAUAGAUGAUGAUGAGGCCAAGUGGUCGUUCGCCAAUACACUUUGGGAGAAUGGUCUGCUAAAAACCGAUAAACCUCUGCUUAAGAUCAGCCCUGAGGAGAUGGUUGGCGAUGACGAUGAUGAUGAUGAGGACUAAACACAGUACUAGGACUAAGACAGAAAAGUGUUAAAAACAGUACGUUGAUCGUUAGCUAUGAAAAUAUUUGUUCCUCUGGUUUUCACUGAAAAAAGUUGAAAAAUGUACGUUGAUCGUUAGCUCUAAAAAUUCGUUUCUGUUUGUUUUUAAAUGAACAAAAGGUCAGGAACUGAGUAUUGCCAGUUGAUACAUAUUUACAGAUGGAAAUUACUGAGAUAUUAUAUUUAUUCAAAUGCUAAUGAAUUAAUAAUUAUUAUUAAACGAAAAUCCAAAUUAAAUGCUGUAAAUCGCCCCGAAGACUUCUGCUUCUGCAAAU